UCUCAAAAUCCCAACAAUUAUCAAAACUCCAACAAUUAUCAAAACCCCAACAAUUAUCAAAAUCCCAACAAUUAUCAAAAUUCAAAUCAAUUUUUCAAUCAACAUCCUCAAAACACACCUAAUUUUGGUUUAACACCAAAUUUCAACCAAUCAUCCUUUGUUCCAAACUUUCAUCCAUAUUAUGGAACUAUGCUGAGAAAUCCAUCUCAAACACCCCCGUUUAAUGGUUACAUGCCGAUGGUUAAUGAAAAUUUUUCGAGUGGUGGUACAACUAACUUUCCCGAAUUUUCAACACAAAUAACUAUUGCUAAUGAAGAUUCAACUCCUAUGAGCAAGAAAAACCAUCAACCAUCAUGGAACACUACACAAAAUUUGGUGCUAAUUAGUGGGUGGAUCAAAUUUGGAACAAGCAGUGUUGUCGGGAAAAACCAGAAAGGUGAAACAUAUUGGGGUCAAAUUGCUGACUAUUGUAAUGAGCAUUGCUCAUUCGAUCCUCCGCGUGAUGGAGUUGCAUGCCGAAACCGUUUUAAUUAUAUGAACAAAAUACUGGGUAAAUGGAUUGGCGCUUAUGAUGGCGCUAAGCGUCUCCAAGGAAGUGGUUGGUCCGAGAAUGAUGUUUUGGCAAAAGCGCAGGAAAUAUAUGCAUGUGGGAAGAAUGUUCGGUUCACUUUAAUGGAAGAAUGGAAUGCUCUCCGUGAUCAACCACGUUAUAGUAGUCAAGUAGGAUCUGGAAGUAGUGGAUCUAAGAGAUCUCACGAGAGUGAUGCAUGUGCGACCAUAUUCAACCGAGGUAUUACCCGCUUUUGCAAAUCAUGUGCGUGCUAG